AUGAACCGCCUCUUCGGCGCAGCCCCCAAGGGCCCAAAACCAACCCUAAACAGCGCAAUCACAAACAUCGACGACCGCAUCUCCUCAAUCGACGUAAAGCUCUCCGCCCUCACCGCAGAACUAAACACCUACCAACAAAAACUCUCCAAAAUGCGCGACGGCCCCGGCAAAAACGCGAUAAAGCAAAAGGCGCUAAAGGUCCUCCAGCGCCGCAAAAUGUACGAGUCCCAGCGCGACCAGCUCCAGUCCCAGGUCUGGAACAUGGAGCAGGCGCAGACGAUGCAGGAUAACCUGAAAAAUACCAUGGCCACCGUCGACGCGCUCAAGACGACCAAUAAAGAACUCAAGAAGCAGUACGGGAAGGUGGACAUCGACAAGAUUGAAAGGUUGCAGGAUGAGAUGGCGGAUUUGAUGGAUAUUGGAAAUGAUAUCCAGGAGAGUCUGGCGAGGUCGUAUGAUGUGCCCGAGGACGUGGACGAGGCGGAGCUGGAUGCCGAGUUGGAGGCGUUGGGGAUGGAGGCUGAGUUGGAGCCCGAGAUGGGCGCUAUGCCGAGUUUCUUGCAGGAGGAGUUGCCCGAGUUUGUGGAUGAGGAGCCGGCCAAGGAGGGUGCCAAGCUCAAGGAGGCUGCUGGCUAA